CUCUCCGCCUCCUUCUAUUCCUCCUCCGCCGCCGCUGCCGCUGUCAUGGCGGCCUGAGGUGCGGCACGGGCGGAGGAAGCGAGCGAGGCGGGGGGAAGGGAGCGCGCCGGGCUGCUAGGUAAAAGCGUCUAGAAUGGCAGGAGAACAGAAACCCUCCUGUAAUCUCCUUGAGCAGUUUAUUUUAUUAGCCAAAGGCACCAGUGGAUCAGCUCUGACUGCCCUCAUCAGCCAAGUGCUCGAGGCCCCUGGGGUUUAUGUCUUUGGUGAGCUGCUGGAAUUAACAAAUGUGCAAGAGCUUGCCGAAGGUCCCAACGCUGCUUAUUUCCAGCUGCUGAAUCUCUUUGCCUAUGGAACAUACCCGGACUAUGUAGCAAACAAGACUAACCUGCCAGAGUUAACAGGGGCCCAGAAGAACAAGUUAAAGCACUUAACUAUUGUCAGCUUAGCUUCCAGAAUGAAGUGUAUUCCUUACUCGGUGUUACUGAAUGACCUGGAGAUGCGGAACCUGCGGGAGCUGGAAGACCUGAUCAUCGAAGCCGUUUACACCGACAUCAUCCAGGGGAAGCUGGACCAGCGCAACCAGAUGCUGGAAGUGGACUUCUGCAUUGGCAGGGACAUCCAGAGGAAGGACAUCAGCAACAUCAUCAAAACACUCCACGAAUGGUGUGAUGGGUGCGAAGCAGUUCUCUUAGGAAUUGAGCAGCAGGUGCUUAGAGCCAACCAGUACAAAGAGAACCACAACCGAACCCAGCAGCAGGUAGAGACAGAGGUCACAAACAUAAAGAAGACGCUGAAAGCCACAGCCUCCUCCUCAGCCCAGGAGAUGGAGCAGCAACUGGCGGAACGGGAGUGCCCCCCGCACGCAGAGCAGAGGCCACCCACCAAGAAGAUGUCCAAGGUCAAAGGGCUGGUCUCCAGCCGCCACUGAUGCCUGCACGGCAGCAGCAGCAGCAGGGCGUUCCAGGGCCCCUGAGCCACUCUUGCUCCUCUUUCCAGCAGCAGCUUGUGGGCCGAUCUGGGUUCUUUCGGGGGCGGGCGCCCAGGUGGGUCCAUAUUUGAACCAGCAAGGGACACUGCCAAGCUCGCAGUCACUCAGGGCAGCCCUUCAGCACCGUAGCUGCUUCUUUUUUCACCUUUUUAUUUUUGAGGAACACAAGGGCACCAUUUGCUCUCUGAUUUGGGGGACAGGAGGCAGAAGCAGGGCGCAGUUCCCGUGGGGCUCCUGCAGUCAGCCGCAGCCUCCUCCCCAGGUUGCCCUGCGCCACAUUCCUCGGCAGCAGAGGUCCCCGGGCAGUGAGAUUCGCCUUCAGGCCGGGAGAGGUGGCAUGAGGGAAGGAGGGGUUUCUUCACUUAACCCCCAGCUCUGCCACAUACCAAAGGUGAUGCCGUGUCCCUGGCCCGGGCACUGGUUCUCGUUGCUACCUUCUUACUUCCCCUGCUCCUUUACAACGGUGUUUUAUCUUAGGGUGCAACUCUCUACCUCAUGCUGCAGGGGGGUCGGUCUGUGUUUACUUGCCAUCUGCUCUGCUGACCUCCUCAGCCCAGGUAAAAACCCCUUCCCUCUCCUGCCGGCUUUUUAAAGUCCUCGAGCUCUGAAGGGGAGGAAGUUGGGGCAGGAAGAGUGGAGCUCGAGGGGGGGAAAGCUGCUUUUUCCAGCCUCUGCCUCCUCGGCUUUCUGACCAUCCUCGCAAGGGACGGGGUCAUUGCCGAAGUCGUGCGCUCUCAGUGUGUGUUCCACGGUCAUAGUUCCCCUCCUCCCGAAGCCUUCUGAAGUUUGUUGCGUUAGAGUCUCCCUGGGCGAAAGCGAGCGCUGGGAAUAGAGGUUCUCCUCCUGUUCUCCCAGCCCCGGGGACACUCAGGCAGAGGCAGCAGCAAGCAGGAGGGGUCACCCCUGCCGGCCUCUGCCGGACUUAACAGAACUUGAACUGCUUUCUGGUUGUAUUUGAACCCCGUGGACCCAACCUCCUUCUCUCCCCCCCCCCCCACGCCCCCAUUUUUGUACAUUUGUUGGGAGGCUUGAGAAUUUACAGCCUUUUGUAUUUUAUUUGAUAUUUGUUACAAACUUAAUUGAAAGUGACUUUGUCAGAAGGAUUGUUUUCUUUUCUAUUAAAAAAAAAAGUCAGCGUUGAAAUUCA